GGCGGUCAAUGUAUUUAUCGAUUAGCUGAUUCCUCACCAAAAGCAGUGUAUUCAGCGUACUGAAGAAACUCCUCCAUAGAUAUCCAUUAAAAAAGUGCUCUUAUUUCCUCGAAAGAGUACCGCAAUAUCUGUAUGCGAUCACCGCGUUAUGCUAUUUAACACUAAACUUGUUAGAAGGGCUCUGUUUUUGUGGGCAGAAGCGCGUGACGCUUCUUUCUCAGUCAUCGUGACUGCGAGGCAAAAGGCGGAAGUGUUUUUUUGUUUGUUAAAAUAAACAUGACGAAAGAGAAUCUCAGACAGUAAAAUUACGGUUCUUUAAAAGUAAGACACAAAAUAUAAAAACUCGUUUUCUGGAGGACAUCUGACCAGAAGCGACAGAAAUGGCAGUAAAUCUGUUGAUAUACCUCGCGUUGAUGUUUUGCUCUCAGGUAGAUGGUCAGGAGGCGAUUCUACACGUGUCUGAAGGAUCUACAGUUAGAGAAUACUGUCUGGUGUACAACUCCUCCUGGAGCAACAUCUCACACUCACUCACUGGAGCUCAAUCAUACAAGUUAGUGAACCUGACGUCCAGUCCCCUGUGUGAGCGGGGUCAGCUGACCCCAGAUUUUCUUCUGGGUCAGGCUGUGGCGGUCAUGCCAGGGGAGUGUGAUUUCAGUACGAAAGCGCAAGUCGCUCAAGAACUGGGUGCAACUGCACUUCUGGUUACCAGCACUGAUAGUAUGGUGACUCCAUCAGCGAACGACUCCGAGUACAGAAAAGUGAAUAUUCCUCUGGCCCUCAUGAGGCAUCGUGACUUUCUGGACAUCCUGCAGGUGUUUUCUGAUGGAAAGGAAGUGAGGUUAUACGAUCCGCCAGCAGCGCUGUUUGAUGCCAGCAUCAUCGUUAUGUUAUUACUCGCUGUGUUUACGGUAGCCAUGGGAGGGUUCUGGAGCGGAGCAGCAGAAAAGGUGAAGCAGACCGCAGACCCUUCAGCAGAUGUGAACGACGAGCAUUCUGAGAGCAGCGAGUUGUCUCUUUACUCUCCUCUCAAGGUUUUGCUGUUUGUGGGUAUGAUGUGUGUGAUGCUGGUACUCAUGUAUUACUUCUACCGCUGGCUAGUUUAUGUGAUUAUCGUCAUAUUCUGUCUGGCAUCAGCGACAGCACUCUAUAACUGCCUGGAUUCACUGAUGACAGCUGUGGGCUUUGGAACGCUCAGUGUCUCCUGCAGGGGAAAAACUCUCUCUGUGCGCUCGCUGCUGCUCGCCGCUGUCUGCAUCACACUGGCUGUGAUCUGGGGAGUUUACAGGAACGAUGACAGGUGGAUCUGGAUUCUGCAGGAUCUGUUGGGUGUGGCGUUCUGUCUGAACUUCCUGAAGACCAUCACCCUGUCAAACUUUAAGAUCUGUGUGAUACUGCUGAGUCUGCUGCUGGUCUACGACGUCUUCUUCGUCUUCAUCACACCGUUCAUGACGUCCAAUGGAGUGAGUAUCAUGGUGCAGGUCGCUCUGGGCCCAGGUGCAGGUGGAGAAAAGUUGCCUGUAGUGAUGCGUAUCCCACAGUUCUCGUCAUUGGCUCAGAAUCUGUGUAUGACGCAGUUCUCCAUCCUGGGCUAUGGUGACAUAAUUGUACCAGGGCUGCUGGUUGCGUACUGUCACAGGUUUGACGUGUGGAUAGGCAAUUCUAGAAGAAUUUACUUCAUCUCUUGUGCUAUCGCUUACUGCGUGGGUCUAGUGGUGACAUUUGCUGUGUUGUUGGCGACUAAGAUGGGUCAGCCCGCUCUGCUGUAUCUGGUCCCAUUUACUCUCCUCACCAGCUCCAUUCUAGCAUCUGUCCGGAAGGAGUUCAGACAGUUCUGGUCUGGUACCACUUACCAUGUACUGGAUGAUUCCAGGAAGCCAUUAUUAUCAGAUGGAAAAUCUGGAUAUGCUGAUGGAGUGAGAGAAUGCUGACAGAUCUCAGAUUUAUAAAUUUCCUCAAACACAAAGCAGAAGGGAAAUGCCACCUAAUAAGCGUUUCAUGUUGAUGUGACAUGAAUGUUUUGAGUGUUUUAGACUGAUGAAACACUUUCCACUGAAUCUGUUCUUUACAUCACUGUAAACUGGCAAACACUGCAACACUUUUCACACAUUUGAUUUAACUCCUUCUGACAGAUGGAAAUUAAUCUUUAAUCAACCUGCUGUUUAAUUUUCACUUUUUAAAUGAUCGUUUUAUAUCAUAUUUUUUCACAAUAUACUAAUGAAUAGUUAAACUUUCUUCCACUUUGAUGAAUUAAUAAUUGAAAUUAAAAAAGAAAUGACAACAAAAUGGGCUUUUUAAAUGACUGAAGAUCAUUUGUAAAUUCAGCCAGUGUGGCCUGUUAUAGACAAUGACUAAGAUCUCUAUUAGUGUCAGUGUCAGCUUGACGACGCAUGUGUUUGUGUCAGUUACUGUGAGUAUGUGUAUUUGCUGUUCUUGGGUCUGCUAAUAAGGUUUUAUUCAGCAGGACCUCACCUUAUAGGGUUAGUUCACCCAAAAAUGAUAAUUCUCUCAUUUACUCAUCCUCAUGCCAUCCCAGAUGUGUGUGACUUACUUUCUUCAGCAGAACUCAAAUUAAGAUUUUUAGAAGAAUAUUUCAGCUCUGUAGGUCCAUGCAAUGCAAGUGAAUGUGACCAGAACUUUUAUGCUCCAAUAAGCACAUAAAAGCAGCAUGAAAGUAAUCCAUGUGCCACCAGUGGUUUAAUCCAUGUCUUCAGAAGCGAUAUGAUAGAUGUGGGUAAGAAACAGUUCAAAAUUUAAGUUCUUUUGAACUUCAAAUGUCCACUUUAACUUCCACAUUCUCCUUUUAUCAUCGGGCAGGGAGGAUUUACAGUAAAAAAAAAAAAAAAGACUUAAAUGGGUUACUUUUAUGCUGAUUUAUGUGAUUUUUGGUGCUUCAAAAUUUUGGCACCCAUUCACUCUGGUCCAAUAGAGGUGACAUUUUCUUCUAAAG